UCAUAAUGCUUAAACAACAUCCUCAAAUUUUCUUACAACACACACAUUCUCUCUUAUUCUCUCUCUCUCUCUUCAAUCUCUUCAACAAAAAAUAAACCAUUGCAUUAACCAUUCAAAAUUCAAUGGCUUUUCCUCUAUGCAAUCUCAAUCUCAAUCUUUCUCUAUUACCUCAAUCCAAAUCAAGAUUCAAACACAAACCCUUUCACCAAUCACUUUCUUCUUCAAAACCCAUUUCUCAAUGCUCUUUAUUCUUCACUUCUUCUUCUUCAGUCGAAAGUUUCACUGCACAGGUUGCUCAGGUGAAUUCACCAUUAGCUACUCAAGAUAAACAGAAUCAGCAUCAGAAGGAUGAGUUUUAUCUCAAUCUUGGUGUUGCUGUUAGGACCCUUCGUGAGGAUAUGCCUUUAAUCUUUGUUAAAGACCUUAAUUAUGAUAUUUAUAGGGAUGAUGUAACAUUUUUGGACCCUUUGAACACAUUUACUGGUAUUGAGAAGUACAAAUUGAUCUUUUGGGCAUUGAGGUUUCAUGGUAGAAUUUUGUUUCGUGAGAUUGGUUUGGAUGUAUACAGAAUAUGGCAGCCUUCAGAGAAUGUGAUAUUGAUCAGGUGGAACUUGAGGGGUGUGCCUAGGGUUCCAUGGGAAGCUAAAGGUGAAUUUCAAGGUACUUCGCGGUAUAAAUUGGAUAGAAAUGGUAAAAUUUAUGAACACAAAGUUGAUAAUUUGGCAUUCAACUUUCCACAGAAGAUGAUGAAACCGGUUUCGGUUUUGGAUUUGGUUACUGCUUGCCCUGCUAGUCCAAAUCCAACAUUUUCAUGGGGUCCUUUGGAUUCUAGUUCAUCUUCAUGGAUAGAAUUAUAUCAAGCAGUUAAGGGCACAUUGGAUGAAGAAAGACAGUUGAUACCACAAGAUGGUCUGGCCACAUGUUCGUAGUGGCUGAUCACUUAACGAAUUGUUUUGUUUUCGUUGACCAUGUAUAGUAUAGAUUAUAAUAGGUUAGAUGUAAUGAAUUUGGUCGAUAGCGUGAAUUUGAAAUGUUUCUCUCAAUAGUCAAGAGUGUAUAUAGAUAGGGAAGGAUGAAUAAGAGUUUAAGUUACUCAUUCUAUAUGCUAUACAGAUAGAGAUGGAGAAAUUUCAUAUGUUUGAUGUGUUUUAUACAUAUAUGAGGUAGAUUUAUAUGCUAUACUCAGAAUUUUAUUAUUUAGAAAUUAACUUUAAUUCUCUUA